CAACAACACAGCCAUGGCAGAAAGAAAACAAUCGAUAGUGCUAUUCCCUUUCAUGGCGCAAGGCCACAUAAUCCCAUUCUUGGCAUUAGCCCUUCAACUGGAAAAAAGAAAAAACUACAACAUCAUCAUAGUCAACACUUCUCUAAACAUAAAAAAGUUAGCAUCAACUCUCCCAUCGAACUCCUCCAUUAAGCUCAUCGAGAUCCCUUUCAACAGUGAACACCACAAUCUCCCACCAAACACAGAAAACACCGAUGUCGUCCCAUACCACCUCGUCAUUCGACUCAUCCAAGCCUCCACUACCCUCCGACCAGCCUUCAAACAACUCAUACAAAACAUCAUCAAUCAACAACAACAACUAUGCAUCAUAGCUGACAUCUUCUUCGGCUGGACAGCCGGCGUGGCUAAAGAGCUCGGCGUUUCUCAUGUCAUCUUCAGCGGCUGCAGCAGCUUCGGCUUGGCUUGCUACUACUCUCUCUGGAUCAACCUUCCCCAUCGGCGCGUCGAUUCCCACCACUUUUUUUUACCCGAUUUUCCAGAAGCGCGUGCCAUUCACAGAACUCAGUUACCCGCUAAUAUAUCAGAAGCUGAUGGCAUCGAUGCUUGGUCUAUUUUCCAAAGGAAGAAUUUUUCCGACUGGGUCAACUCGGACGGGUUUCUGUUCAACACGGUUCAGGAAUUUGACUCGGUUGGGUUAAACUACUUCGCCCGGAAACUGAACCGGCCGGCUUGGGCUAUUGGACCGGUUCUCCUCUCAACCGGAAGCGGUUCACGCGGGAAAGGGGGUGGCAUCGACCCUCAACUUUGCAGAGAAUGGCUUAACACAAAGCCUUCGAAUUCAGUGUUAUUCGUGUGUUUUGGAUCGAUGAACACGAUCUCUGGUUCGCAAAUGAUGCAACUUGGAACGGCUUUGGAGCGAAGUGGGACGAAUUUCAUUUGGGUCGUGAGGCCACCCAUUGGUUUUGACAUAAACUCGGAGUUCAGAGCGGAAGAGUGGUUCCCUGAAGGGUUUAUGGAGAAGAUUCUGCAAUCGAAUAGAGGGUUGAUAGUGCAUGAUUGGGCACCGCAAGUGGAGAUCCUUUCACAUGAAGCUGUGUCUGUUUUUUUGAGUCACUGUGGGUGGAACUCUGCGAUGGAAUCGCUGAGUCAUGGAGUGCCGAUUCUUGGGUGGCCUAUGGCGGCGGAACAGUUUUACAACUGUAAGGUGUUGGAGGAAGAGGUUGGUGUUUGUGUGGAGGUGGCUAGAGGGAAGAGCUGCGAGGUGAGGUAUGAAGAUAUAUUGGCCAAAAUUGAGUUGGUGAUGGGUGAGAGGGACAAAGGGUUGGAGAUGAGGAAGAAAGCUGGUGAGGUUAGGGACAUGAUAAGGAAUGCUAUGAAAGAUGAAGACGGGUUUAAGGGUUCAUCUGUUAGGGGCAUGGAUCAGUUCUUAUCUGCUGCAUUGCCCCCCUCUUCAUGAUGAAUCAGUUUUUAUUCUAUUUUUCUCAAAGUCGAGUAAUUCAGAAUUGUUGAAGGA